AUGCUCGUCCUCACCGGCCCCGAACUCUCCACCAUCCUCUGCACCCUCACCCCGCCACACGCCCACGCCCUCCUCUCCGCCCUCGCCGCCGCCCUCGCCGCCUUCACCCGCGAGAACCAACAGCGCGAACAUGGCGACCCCACCGCGCCGCCCGCCGCCAUCCACCAGCCGCAACGCACCGCCAUCGUGACCCAGCCCGCGCGCGACACCACCCUCAUCAUGCCCGUGUCCGACACCGCGACCGCCACCGUCGUCAAGGUCGUCACCCUGCCCAACGGCGGCUCCGUCAAGGGCUCGCUGUCCGUCUUCGCCCCCGACGGCGAGCUCCGCGGCGUGCUCAACGCCGCCGAGGUGACGGCCUUCCGGACCGCCCUGGCCACCAUGACCCUGCUCGUGCGCUGGCCCCACCCCGUGCGCCGCGUCGUCGUGUUUGGCGCCGGCAGGCAGGUCGAGUGGCAUGUGCGGCUGGCGUUGAAGCUGUUGCCUCAAGGCCAGCUGGCGCGCGUGUCGGUCUUCAAUCGCGGGAAGGCGCGCUUGGCGGAGUUGGACAAGGCCGUUUUGGGCGAGCUGAGGAAGGCGUAUCCCGAUGUUGACUUUGAAACCGUGGCGCGGGAGGGCGCGGAGGACGUGUACGGCGAAACGAUGAGGAGUAGGCUGGGGGAGGCGGAUGCCGUGUUUUGCUGCACCCCGUCGACCGAGCCACUGUUCAAGAAGAACGAUCUGUUGGGUGGUACUGAGAGACCGCGGUUCAUGUCGCUCAUCGGCUCGUAUAAGCCCGAGAUGCAAGAAAUCGACACGGAGACGCUGCGCGCAGCGGCGAGGAUUUGGGUUGAUGCGAAGGAGGAGUGUUUGAUCGAGUCGGGAGAGCUGAUCAGGGCCGGGACGAAGCCCGAGGAACUGACCGAGGUGGGCGACUUGUUUCUGAAGGGUGCAGAGGCCCGGGUCGAGGAGCAGGGAUUGACGCUGUUCAAGUGCGUCGGCUUUGGCCUGAUGGAUCUGGUCAUGGGAGACAAGCUGCUGGAGCUUGCCGCGCAAUUGGGGAAGGGUGUCACGGUGGACGGCUUCUAA